AUGGCUUUCAACAAGCUUAGUGCACUCCUUAUAUUGCUUUCUUUUCUUUCUUAUUCCAUUUAUUCACAUGCUUGUGAAUCAUGCAAUCCAAAACCUAAGCCUACUCCUCCACCACCUGCGCCUUGUCCUCCACCACCUUCAACAACGCCUAAGGCCUCUCCUCCUCUUACUCCAUCAACAACACAUCCUCCUCCUACUCCAUCAACAACACCUACCACUAGUACUCCACCUCCUUCAACAACUACACCUACGGCUAGUCCUCCUACUCCUUCCACAUCACAAAAAUGUCCUAGUGACACUUUAAAGCUAGGUGUAUGUGCUAAUCUUCUUGGACUUGUUAACGUUGUUGUUGGAAGUCCUGCUUCAAGCAAGUGUUGUGCAUUGAUUCAAGGUUUGGCUGAUUUGGAUGCAGCAAUAUGCCUUUGUACUGCAAUUAAGGCCAAUGUUCUUGGUAUCAACUUGAACGUUCCUGUCACACUCAGUCUCUUACUUAGUGCUUGUCAAAAAUCCAUUCCCUCUGGUUUCCAAUGUUCAUAG